UCCGCCUAGGGAUGUAUCGGCGUGCAGUGCACCUGUUUUAUGUUGUAUUCGGGUCAUCGACCGCUGAAAUGCUGUGUUUUAAUCAGUGUCAUCAAUAGCCACACGAAAAGGUUGAAAAGACCUAUUCGGUGGUAGCCGAACGGCCUCGACUCAGUGUGAUUCAGGUGGAGGAUGUGCUGAUUUCCUUCGGGGUGCAGCAGUGAGACAGCAUCUUUACCGGGUGACACAUCAUUAUCAAUACGAGUGGACAAGCCCCCCCCAUACAACACCAUGUCGGACAAAAGUGACCUAAAAGCAGAGCUUGAGCGCAAGAAGCAGCGCCUCGCCCAAAUCAGGGAGGAAAAAAAGAGAAAGGAGGAGGAGAGGAAGAAGAAAGAGACAGAGAGCCAACAGAAGGCAGAGGUGACCCCAGAGGAUUCAGACUUAGACCGUAAGCGCAGAGAGACCGAGGCCCUCUUACAGAGUAUUGGCAUAUCACCGGAGCCUCCUCUAGUCCAUUCUUUGCAGCCUUUAAUGUUAGAUUCAUGUUACUUUCAUUAUUUAGUCCCGACCCCUGUGUCCCCCUCCAAAUCAGUGAGCACACCCAGUGAGACAGGGAGCCAGGACUCAGCUGAUGGCGGGGCAGCAGGCAGGUCAGGUUUCUCUAAAAACAAGUCCCAAGCACAGAGCACAAGGACUCUGCAGUGGGACACAGACCCCUCUGUGCUGCAGCUGCAGGCUGAUUCUGAGCUCGGGCGGAGGAUGCAGAGGCUGGGGGCCUCUAAGAUCACACAGGUAGACUUCCUUCCCAAAGAGGUGGUCUCUUACAGCAAAGAGACACAGACGCUCACCGCCCACCUGUCUGAAGUAGAGGAGGAAGAGGAAGAUGAGGAGAUGAUGGAGGCGAAGCCAGGCCCCGAGUCAGAGCAGCAGGAUGAAGACGACAACAGGGAAAACAAAGAUGGCACGUUUCCGGUGCUUAGGGAGCUGACAGAAGAGGAGAGGCAGCAGAUCCUUCACUCCUCUGAGUUUCAGAGUUUCUUUGACUGCAGCAUCCGAGUGAUGGAGAGAGCUCUGGCUGAAGACAGCGACAUCUUCUUCGACUACAGCGGCCGGGACCUGGAAGACAAAGAGGGAGACUUGGGUAGCGGCUCCAGUCUCUCUUUCAGUAGACUCUUCUAUGAUGAACACUGGUCGAAACAUCGUGUUAUCACCUGUCUUGACUGGUCUCCUCAGUACCCUGAGUUGCUGGUCGCCUCCUAUAACAAUAAUGAAGAUGCUCCUCAUGAACCGGAUGGUGUUGCCCUGGUGUGGAACAUUAAGUUUAAGAAGGCCACACCUGAAUACAUCUUUCACUGUCAGUCCCCGGUGGUGUCUGUGGGCUUUGCCAGGUUUCAUCCCAACCUGGUGGUGGGGGGCACUUACUCAGGGCAGAUUGUACUGUGGGACAACCGCAGUCACCGUCGGACCCCUGUUCAGAGGACUCCCCUGUCUGCUGCUGCACACACUCACCCAGUGUACUGCGUGAACGUGGUUGGCACCCAGAAUGCCAACAACCUGAUCACUGUGUCUACAGACGGCAGGAUGUGCUCCUGGAGUCUGGACAUGCUCUCCCAGCCACAGGAGACCAUGGAACUAGUGUACAAUAAAUCCAAACCGGUGGCGGUGACAGGCAUGGCCUUUCCCACAGGAGACGUUAACAACUAUGUGGUGGGGAGUGAGGAGGGCACUGUCUACACUGCAUCCAGACAUGGCAGUAAGGCAGGUAUCUGUGAGAUGUUCGAGGGCCACCAGGGGCCAGUGACGGGCAUCAGCUGUCACAGCGCAGUGGGCACCGUGGACUUUUCCCACCUCUUCAUCACAUCCUCCUUUGACUGGACUGUCAAACUCUGGAGCACCAAGCACAACAAGCCUCUGUACUCGUUUGAGGACAACGCAGACUAUGUGUAUGAUGUCAUGUGGUCACCUGUGAACCCUGCGAUCUUUGCUGCUGUAGAUGGCAUGGGCCGCUUAGACCUGUGGAACCUCAACAACGACACUGAGGUACCAACUGCUAGCGUGACCAUUGAGGGUGCAUCAGCCCUGAACAGGGUCCGCUGGUCUUCAGGAGGGAAGGAAGUGGCUGUGGGUGACUCAGAGGGCAGAGUGUGGAUCUACGACACUGGAGAGCUGUCGGUGGCUCACACUGAUGACUGGGCGCGCUUCGCCCGCACGCUUAUGGAGAUCCGUGCUAACCGGGCGGAUGGCGAGGAGGAGGGGCCUAUGGAGCUGGCUUCAUAGAACAGGACUCCAAACCAAAGUGGAGUGAAUCAGAGACCUGGUGUGCUUUUAUUGGUGUCACUGUAGCAUGUGCUUCUCACUCAGAUUUGUGUUUCUCCACCUUCAUGUUCAUGUUCCUGUCUGGUCCAAAGAAGACCACACUUUUAUUGUACUUUUUGCAUUUGCUCUCCUGUAAAUGCAAACUGUCUAUUAAUGGGUAAACUGUUGACUUCUACUAAUUUGUCCUGUCUUAUUUAUUCGUUUAAUGAAUUAAGGUGAUUUGUUGCUUGCAACUCGUGAGCCUACAGUAUAUACAAAGUGGCAGCCUUAUGAAGAUAUGUGUACUGUAACGACGCUUUGCACUACCGUGAAAAUAAAGCAGGGUCCAUAGAGUAGUCACGUAUUGUUUACAAAAUGUCACGUUCACUUUCUGUUGUGCUUCUUUUCUCUGUAUUAAACCUGCAUGCAACACAUUCCUGAAAUAUUCCAGAUGGAGUUAGUGUGGUGACGUUUUCACACGUGGGGCUUUGUGGCUGCUCGAUGUCAGUAUUUCAGGGUGUCAGAAACAGAAAUCAAGUGUGGUUUUGACACUUUUGUCUUUUGUCCUGAACGAGAGCUACAACUGUAUAUUCUAACAAGAGGUAUAUUGUAAUGCAGAGUGCUUGCUGUUAAACCUGCUAUGUUUACCAUUAAAGCAUAGCUGAUGAA